AUGCGUUCUUGUAUACGCAUUCCAGACGAACCGUAUCAUGGCGCAAGAAGGAUAUACACGAUGAUUCGCGCUCCACAAGUAUUCUCUGUUUGUGUGAUUUUUGUGUGUUUACUAACAAUAAUUUAUGGUGUAAACGUUGUGGAAGAAUGUUUCAAGGGCUGCAGAGAAAGACUGGCAACAGAAGAAAACUUUGAUGUCGUCUGUUCUCCAGAGUGUAAGCUUGAAUGGUGUAAAGAUGGCUGUAAAAAGUGGACACUCGCUGUCAGCAAUUCCUGCCAAGAUACAUGUAAUGGAAGUCGAGCAAACAAUAAUGAUGCCAAUGGCAAGACACUUUAUUGUGCAAUGGGGUGUAACCUGGCCAUCUAUUUAUACGUAGCAAAGCUUAAAGGAGAAAUUGGAAAACCCUCGCCCCCAUAUCUUGUAGGAAAUUCGAGAACCAAUGAAUCAGUGAUAAUAGAAUGGUCCCAAGAACCACUUUAUGACAACGUCACAUAUCUGGUACAGUGGAAGUAUCAUUCCAUACCUGGAAGUUGGGAAUACUACAAACCAAUGAAAGAACCAAUAUCAGCUAGUCGUGUUGUUAUAUAUGGUUUACAUCCUUAUACCAAGUACAAAUUUCGAGUGGCUUGGGUUAUACUACCUCAGUAUUCACCAUUAUUUUCUGAAGAAAGUGUUAUUAUUUCAACUUUACCUUAUGGAGUGCCUUCUCCAUCUCCAUUAAUCAACACUCUGACAGCUGUGGGACCAACCAGAAUUGCUGUGAGUUGGGACCCACCUCUUUUUCCAAAUGGACCAAUUGUUUCUUAUGUUCUGUAUCUUCGUGAACAACCGAGUGGAAUACCAUCUGUAAAGGAUAUAUCAGGUAGUGGAAAUCAAUUAUACUAUAUAUUCACCAAUCUCCGUCCCAACACAAGUUACCAGGUAUCUGUGGCAACAAUAAAUAACAUGGGUGAAGGACCUGCAGACUCCAGGAAUAUUUCUACUUUGCCAAUACCAAAAACAGCUGAUAACAUAGAAUCAACUCCAUAUUUGAUUUUGGGAUCUCAGCAGAAAAUCUUGAAACAAGGAUUGAAAAUAUGGAAUGAUUACAAAGUAUUGUAUCAUAGCACAAACGAAUCAUUGUUUGUGAGGGGUGUUGGUCUUCAUGUUGACCAGGAUUUCAUUAUAUUUUCUGAUAGUUCCGGAAACAUCCGGAAAAUCUCUUCAGAUGGAAGGGAACUGAAGACCAUCACUAAUCGAAGAAGCACUCUUCCUUCUAGCCUUUCUGUUGACUGGCUGAAUGAUUUGGUUUAUAUGGUAGAGGAAAAUAAGAUUAGCAGAUGUGAUUUGUAUGGGGGUUUGUGUAAAGUUGUGGUGUUUGGUUUCAAGACAAGAGCAACCUGUGUGCAUGUUGAUCCUUAUAAUGGGUAUUUAUACUGGAUUUGGACGAGUGAUUCAGAAGGAGGACUUUACAGAAUUGGCCUUGACAAGAUAGCCACACAAUCUGUAAAUGAAAAAGACUGUGAUCAAAUAUUGAAGAACUCAACACUAACUACUUUAACCUUAGACCAUAAGAACUAUCGUCUUUUGGUACCUUUUCCAGAUCAAAACACUGUUAUUUCCAUGUCUCUUGAGGGCUCUGAACAACAGCACAUCAGAAAUAACCUCCAGCAGCCUAAGUUUCAGCAAGUUAAGAGCAUUGCUCUGUAUAACAAACUCUUUUAUUGGACCACAGGAUCAGCCGUAUUGUGUGAAGAAUAUCAUAGAGAAGAGAAGAAGUACUAUCAUAAUAAGUACACAUUUGAUGCAGAUGAAACACCAUUUAUUUCACUUACCAUACUACAUUCUGACAUUCAGCCUUGGCCAGUUCCAGUCAACCCAGUAGAAGGAGUACAGGCUAUUUUUCAUGAGAAACAGGCAAACAUUUCAUGGGGAAAGCCAAGACUUUUAGGAGGCAAAGGAGCAUGGCAAAACUGGUUAUAUGAAAUAAUCAUUAAGGAGCUCACUUCAGGCAGAAGCAUUGUAAUAAAAAACAUAACUACACUUAUGUUUGUCGUGGAUGGCUUACUACCUGCUACAGUCUAUUCUGUUAAGGUUCGAGCAUACAGUCGUGGUGGAGCUGGUCCUUGGUCAACAGAGUUCAGAGGCAAAACGAUGAAACAGGAACCCGAGGGGUUUUCACCAUAUAUCUUGUGGAGUGCCAAAGAAGGGCUACUAAAAUCUAACAUCAUGGGUGAUGAUGUACAACCUUUAAUUCAUAAAAUCCAUCUUAAAGGUUCCAUUGUGACAGGCAUCAGUUGGUAUAAAGAACGUGUAUUUUUAACCACCAACAACAGUCAGUUGUUCACAUACAGUAUUUCACCUCACCAGUCCUCACUUCAGCCCAUCAAUGUAACUAAUGCAGUAAGCUUGUCUGUGGAUUGGCUUGCCCCAAAGCUUUACUGGUCAAACCCUGCACAAAACUUG